AUGGUUAAUAUAUUCAAUAACAAUGAUAAUAAUAGUGUAUCGAAUAAGACGUCUUCAUCAAAAAAUUCAGAUGUUUCCAAAACUCCAGAUUCUAGUAGUCCAGAAUUGAGACCACUAUCAAGAAAUAGAAAUAGAUCAAUUUCAAUAACCAAAUUCCUUUUCAAUAGAGAUAAUAAUGAUAGCAGUGAUAAAUCAAUUGAUGUAACAGAUAAUAAACAUUUACAUAAUUCAAAUGAUCAAACAAAUAAUUCUAUUAAUAAUGGGAAUGGCCUAACUAAAUUCAGAAGUAUGUUUCGGCUACCUUCAUCAUCUAUUUCUUCAUCUGAUGAUAAACUAGCUACUCCAAGUAGACUAAGAUCCUCUUCAAGUCCUCUACAACCAUCAGAAAAGGACAAUAGACAUAAAAAAUCAGAGAGCAUACCUGAAACUAGGAAUAAUAACUUACAAAUCCCUAAAAUAGUCACCAACGAAACAGAAUCUCGUGAUAUUACAGAAUCAACGAGUCCUGUAAUAAAUCAGAAUCCAUAUUUUCAACACCAAGGCUUUCCACCACAUUUUACAUCAAAUCAACCACCCCAACCAAAAUAUUUGGAUGUAAAUAAAUCUCAACUUUUAGUAUCUUUACGACAUAAUGAUUCCAUGUACUCAUUAAAUGAUAGUGGAAUACUAAAACCUCCACAAAUUCAUUCCCAUCAAAUAUCAUCAGGAGAAGAAUCAGAAGAAUUUGAAGAAAUAGUGAAACCAGUUCCACCAAAAACACCAACAAAAAAACAAACAAUUGCUAUCCCAGAUAUCACAGCAGAAGAUCUUUUAUCAAAACCAGCAAAUCAAGAUGCUGAAUUGACUCCUCCUCCAUCACCUUUCCAAAGAGCUCUUCGAAGAGUUGCUUCUGCUCCUUUAGUUCAUAAAUUAAUGAAUGAAAAACAACCAAAUGAUCAUCAUGAAAAAAUUGAGAAACCUUUUGAUUUGAAUGAACAUAUUGGGGAAGUUACAAUUACUACACGACCAAGAACUUUAACUCAAGAUAGAACUUAUUCUCAUUCAGCAACUAAAAAAGUUGAAGUACAAGUUGGACCAGAUAGUUUUGAAAAAAUUAGAUUAUUAGGUAAAGGAGAUGUUGGUAAAGUUUAUCUUGUUAGAGAAAAACAAUCAAAUAAAUUAUAUGCAAUGAAAAUAUUAAGUAAAAAAGAAAUGAUUGAAAGAAAUAAAAUUAAAAGAGCAUUAGCUGAACAAGAAAUUUUAGCAACUUCAAAUCAUCCAUUUAUUGUAACUUUAUAUCAUUCUUUCCAAUCAAAAGAAUAUUUAUAUCUUUGUAUGGAAUAUUGUAUGGGAGGUGAAUUUUUUCGAGCUUUACAAACUAGAGAAACUAAAACAAUAUCUGAAAAUGAUGCAAAAUUUUAUGCAGCUGAAGUAACUGCAGCUUUAGAAUAUUUACAUUUAAUGGGAUUUAUAUAUCGAGAUUUAAAACCAGAAAAUAUUUUAUUACAUCAAUCAGGUCAUAUUAUGUUGAGUGAUUUUGAUUUAUCAAAACAAAGUGAAAGAUCAAAAAAUCCAGAAAUUUCUUUUAAUAAAAAUGGUAUGCAUUUACCUUCAGGUGGUCAUUCACCAAGACAUGGUCCAACUAUAGAUACAAAAGCAUGUAUUGAUGGAUUUAGAACAAAUUCAUUUGUUGGAACUGAAGAAUAUAUUGCUCCCGAAGUUAUUAGAGGUAAAGGUCACACAAGUGCUGUUGAUUGGUGGACAUUGGGAAUAUUCAUAUUUGAGAUGUUAUUUGGUAUAACUCCAUUUAAAGGUCAUGAUAGGAAAAAGACAUUUGCAAACGUAUUAAAAAAGGAAAUAAAAUUUCCUGAUAUUCAAGUAAUUUCAUCAAAUUGUAAAAGUUUAAUUAAAAAAUUACUAAUAAAAGAAGAAGAAAAAAGAUUAGGUUCUAAAACUGGUGCAUCUGAAAUUAAAAAUCAUUCAUUUUUCAAAAACACUCAAUGGGCUUUAUUACGUCAUCAAAAACCUCCAAUGGUUCCAGUACUUACAAAAACUUCAUCAUCAUCAUCAUCAAAAAAACAUCAUCAAAAUGAACCAACUUCUCCUAUUACGACUAGAACAAAUACAACAGAAACUCAAGAUACAAAAACCCUGGAUAAACCACUUGAUAAAUUUGAUGAAAAAGGAGAUAUAGUUUCAUCAAAAGAAAUUGAAAUUAUAAAAGAUCCAAAUGAUCCUUUUUCAAAAUUUAAUUCUGUUACUUUAAGAUAUGGAGAUGAUACAAAUUUGAGUAUAUAUAAUCCUAAAAGAAGUUCUUAUACAACUGUUACUUAUAUAAAUAAAUAA